GUUGACGUUGGCGGGAGUGCUUUGUCCUCAGCAGAGCUUCUCAAACGCCGUAGGGCGCCGUUACUGCUGUUGUCAGAACGUGCGGCCCCCUCGGUGGGUGAGAACCUCUGUGACUCCGAAGUGCUUGGUUGGAGACAGGCAGGUGCGCUUACUCGUGCCGCUCCCAGAGAGGGCUUCAACCCUAGCGCGGCUCCUCUUUACCGUAUCGCACGCUGCUGCUCCCUUUCUGAGAGGACCUUGCCUUUUUGUCUUUUUUUCAAUUUAAGAGGCAGGCAGAGAUCCAGAACAGGGCGUGCGUGUCCUGGUUCACUCCCCAGAUGCCCCCAAUGGCUAGGAGCUGGCUGAAGCCAGGAGCCGGAAACUCAAUCUGGACCCGGAACCCAUGGUCUUGACCGUCACUGCUGCUUCCCAUGGUCUGCCUUGGCGGGAAGUUGGAGUCAAAGCAGAGCCAGGCGUGAACCCAGCCUGAGCGAGAGCUUUUUCAUGGUGAAAGGAGCAGCCCUCUUCUUGCAACAGGGGAGCAGUGCCCAAGGCCAGCGGAGUCUUCAGCACCCCCACAAGCAUGCAGGUGACCUGCCCCAGCAUCUGCAAGUAAUGAUCAACCUCCUGCGCUGUGAAGACAGAAUCAAGCUGGCCGUGCGCCUGGAGAGUGCCUGGGCGGACCGCGUGCGGUACAUGGUGGUGGUGUACAGCAGCGGGCGCCAGGACACCGAGGAGAACAUCCUGCUGGGAGUGGACUUCUCCAGCAAGGAGAGCAAAAGCUGCACCAUUGGGAUGGUUCUACGACUGUGGAGCGACACGAAAAUCCACCUGGAUGGAGACGGAGGGUUCAGCGUGAGCACCGCUGGGAGGAUGCACAUCUUCAAGCCCGUGUCCGUACAGGCCAUGUGGUCUGCCCUGCAGGUCCUUCACAAGGCCUGCGAAGUGGCUCGGAGACACAACUACUUCCCCGGGGGCGUGGCCCUCAUCUGGGCCACCUACUACGAGAGCUGCAUCGGCUCGGAGCAGAGCUGCAUCAACGAGUGGAAUGCCAUGCAGGACCUGGAGUCCACCCGGCCCGACUCCCCAGCCCUGUUCGUGGACAAGCCAACUGAAGGGGAACGGACUGAGCGCCUCAUCAAAGCCAAGCUCCGAAGCAUCAUGAUGAGCCAGGAUCUGGAGAACGUGACCUCCAAGGAGAUCCGGACCGAGUUAGAGAAGCAGAUGAACUGUAACUUGAAAGAAUUCAAGGAAUUCAUAGACAACGAGAUGCUGCUCAUCUUGGGGCAGAUGGACAAGCCCUCCCUUAUCUUCGACCAUCUUUAUCUCGGCUCAGAAUGGAAUGCAUCCAACCUGGAGGAACUGCAGGGCUCAGGGGUUGACUACAUCUUAAAUGUCACCAGAGAAAUAGAUAACUUCUUCCCCGGCUUAUUUGCCUAUCACAACAUCCGUGUCUAUGACGAGGAGACCACAGACCUGCUGGCCCACUGGAACGAAGCGUAUCACUUCAUAAACAAAGCCAAGAGGAACCACUCCAAGUGCCUGGUCCACUGCAAGAUGGGUGUCAGCCGCUCGGCGUCCACGGUCAUCGCCUACGCCAUGAAGGAGUUCGGCUGGCCCCUGGAGAAGGCGUACAACUACGUGAAGCAGAAGCGCAGCAUCACCCGGCCCAACGCGGGCUUCAUGAAGCAGCUGUCCGAGUACGAGGGCAUCCUGGACGCCAGCAAACAGCGGCACAACAAGCUGUGGCGCCCGCAGCCAGAGAGCAGCCUCCAGCAGCCUGCAGACGAGCCCGCGGGCCCCAGUGACUUCUUGCCAGAGGCCCUGGAUGACGCCACGGAAGCCCAGCUGCCCUGCGUGGGCGAUGCCACCCAGCCCGCGUUCGCCAGCAGCAGGCUCCCGGGAGGGCCCACGCUCCCUUGCUGCUUCCGGCGGCUCUCAGACCCCCUGCUACAUUCCCCGGAUGAGGAAGCGGACGGCUUGGUCCAGCUCGAGGAUCUAGAGAGGGAUGCGCUCCUGGAGGGUGCUGCGCAGCCGCCCGAGGCGCCCCGGCCGGCCAGACAGCCCCAGGAGAGCCCUGCCCCCUGUGAGAAGGACGUGAAGAAGAGGCUAGAGUUUGGGAGCCCCAAGACGCGGAGUGGCUCCCUCCCGCAGGUGGAGGAGAUGGACAGGGACGAGGGCCCAGGAGCUGGGAGGUGGGGCCACCCCCCAAGUCCGCUCAACCGGGAGAACCUAAAUAAUAACAACAGCAAGAGGAGCUGCCCGGAUGACUUCGAGCAUGACGCCAUAUUUGGGAUCCUGAACAAAGUGAAGCCACCCUAUAAAUCCUGUGCCAACUGCAUGUACCCCACGGCCAGCGGGGCUCCCGAGGCCUUCAGGGAGCCACAUGAGGACCCAAGCGCCGGCGCCAUCUGCACGCAGCCCGCCUUCCUGCCCCAUGUCACCUCUUCCCCUGUGACCCAUGCCACCGGCAGAUGCAAAACCCUGGAGAAGCCAGCCUCUGGCCCAGCUGAAACGUCCCCAGUCCUCCCAGCCACUGGCCCAAGGCGGCCGGACGGCAAUGGCCUUGGGGCCCGGGCCACCCCAGAGUUGCCAGUCAGCCUUUUGGAACCUUCCAGAGAGACCCUGAAGGUCCUUCCAAAGCUGCCCCUCCUCUUGAAGAAUCCUCACUGUGAUCAGAGCCCUGCCUGCACGGAAGGGGCGAGGGAAGAGCCGUCGCCCAAGAAAGACCCGAGGCCCACCAAGGACCUGCGGCUGCUUCUGUUCGGCGGCGACUCGGAGAGGCCACCGCCCACCAGCUACCUGAUGCAGCACCAGGAGUCCAUCAUCCAGCUGCAGAAGGCCGGCCUCGUCCGCAAGCACACCAGGGAGCUGGAGCGGCUCAAGGGCUCGCCGGCGGACGGCCUGGCCGGCAGGCUGGAGGCCAGCAUCCCCGAGGGGAGCCAGGAGCCGGCUGCGCCCCAUGCGCCAGACGGAGCCUUGCUGAGGAGCCCCCCGGCCUUCCUGGGCCGCCUGGACCACACCAGUAGCUUCUCGAAGGACUUCCUGAAGACCGUGUGCUACACGCCCACCUCGUCGGCCGUGAGCUCCAGCCUGACCCGCAGUUCCAGCAGCGACAGCAUCCACAGCGUCCGCGGGAAGCCGGGGCUGGUGAAGCAGCGCACGCAGGAGAUCGAGACGCGGCUCCGGCUGGCGGGCCUCACCGUCUCGUCGCCGCUGAAGCGCUCCCACUCGCUGGCCAAGCUCGGGAGCCUGGACUUUUCGACAGAAGACCUGUCCAGCGAGGCCGACAUAUCCGCUGCCGCCGCCGACUCUCAGGACGCCAAGCCCAGCAACUCUUCCUUCUUGCAUGAGCCCCAGGCCACGCCACGCAGCCCGGCCGCCACCUGCAAAGCAUCAGGGAAAUCUGCCCCCGAGGACUUGAGAAGCCCCUGCCGGGCGAGCAAGAGCUGACCCGCCCUGCGCUGCUCAGGGACGUCGGAGCCCACCUUUCCCAGGACCCUCCCUCGGUCCCCCUGAGGGUGUGGGCCAGCCUCUGACACCUUGAUUCGUCUUAAGCAAGUGCAGUCACCCCCACCUGGUCCCCUCUCUUGCCCGAGAGAGGAGCAGGAGAAACACCAACGGUUAACACGCAGCACAAGAAGAAAGGGCGCAAGCCGUCCCCAGCACACACACAACUCGGGUCCCCGGUCACGUGUCUGCAGGAAGAGUCACGUUUUUCAGAGUGUGCACAGACAUGCACACCCUUCCAGAAUAUUCCAUCUGCAGCAUGCAAAAGCAGGGUGGUGGCGCCCUCGGAGGAGGAAACUCUGGGAUGGCGACACCUGUCCUACCUCUGUUCUCGCUGUGCUCUGCUCCUGUGAAGUGGGGUCACCACCCAGCCUCCCUCCCGGGAGUCGUGCAGGGUCAGGAAGGGUCUCCCCAGGAAGGACUUCCUGUUAUUGGGGACCCUAGAGAUGUCAAGACUUCAGGCCGUGUGCACGCAGCCCCGGCGGGCAGAGUCGUCACGCGAAGGCUGCGCUUGAACCAGCCCUGUGCUGAGCGGCGGGCAGCCGUGCGCGAUGCGUGGCCCCUGUCCCUGGUGAUGUGUGUGUGGCGGGAGAUAGGUGGGAGGUUGUCAGUUGUUUCCGUCGCCCCCCAGUCUGAGGGGGGAGGACCCCACGGAGCAUGCUGAGCCCCCUCGCUGCUGCUGAACCACCUGUGGUUGGGAUUGGGAGACACACCAGGAUCCUGAAGGGGCCAGGGGGGCGUCCAAGAUGCCAGUGGUCCUGCUGGGAGCCCCAAGCUGAGCUUCCACGGGCCCCAUCUCCUCGUGUCGCGUGGGAAGAGGUCUCAGCAGUGAGGAGCUCUCCAUCCCCUCUCCGGGAGCCGCUCUGAGAGGGCCGAGGCCGUGAGGGCGUUAUAGAUGUUUACAGCUGCCUUUUCCUGUAGCGAGACCCCCGCUUCCUGCUUCCUGCAAGAUCCCCACUUCCUGCUUCCCGCCCCCCCCCCGCCCGGAGCCGUCCUGGCGGAGUCAGGAGGAGUCUGGAUGGAGCCUCAGCACCAGCACCGUGGCGGCCCCGUAGCCAUCAGGUGAGCGCCAUGCAGCCUCGGGCCCUGGGCUCGAAUCUAGGGGCUCACAUGGUGUCUGUGAGCCAGACCCCCCCAAAAAAAUUUGAAGGAGCAUGAUGGAAAGGCAGAGGUGGGGUUCAGGGUUCUACACGCCGCUCUGGACAGCCCCCGUGGGCUCAGUGGGUUUUACCUUCUUCAGGGGUUGGAAAAAGAACACAAUAUGCACGUGACAGGGCCCACAUGGCCUGCAAAAUCCCAGACACUUCCUCUGGGGCUCUGACAGUGGCCCCGCGGGGAUAAACUGGGCAAACCGGAAGCCGGCCCCGGCCUCUGGGACCCCUCAGGCCAGACGCUGGCCGCCUCCCAACUCCAGGCCUCGGCAGCCCGCGGCAGCUGGCCUCUCCCGUGCAGCCCAACUCCAGGCCUCGGCAGCCCGCGGCAGCUGGCCUCCCCCGUGCAGGAUGCAGUGUUGGGGGAGGGGGAGGAGCGGGGGGGGGGGUGACACUGUUGGCCGAGGCCUUUCCACGUGUGCCACAGUGACCCGUGAAGCCAGCGAGCCCUCCCGGGCCAACCAGACUCAGAGUGGGCUGGGGGACCCCCGUCUUUUCUUGAUCAGAAUGGGGGGCCCCCAAAGCAGCCAUCUGGAGAGCAGCCCAGAAAGGGUCUCGGGGCGCAAGGGUGGUUCCCCUGGCGGUUGCUGCGGGGCGGAACCCCUCCCUCCAGGAGCCCAGGAGCCCGUCUCGCUGGUGCGGUUGUUCCGCUCCGUGCAAACACACGUUACCGUAACUUGACGCGAGCCUGUCUCCGCCAGCGUCCGCUGACGCCGCCUCACAAGGUGAUUCUGCACCUGCCCCCAGCGCCCUGUGGGUCUCCCCCGCUCCUCCCAACAGAAGCAUUUUCUCAAAAACCCCACCAAGUUCCACGUGUCUUGCCAAAUUACGUGUGCUGUGGCCGAUCCGCUUUUGUGUCAAAACAAUCCCUUCCAUUUGGCGAUGGCACACUUCGAUGGUUGUGGUAACCGCCUAGGAGAGAGAGCCUUGGGGAAACUUGGCCUUUCGAAAGCCAUCAGUUUUCUUAACCCAGGUGAGGGGUGGGAGUGGGAUCACAAAUACACACAGGCCUCUGGCUCUGGGCAAACCUAACGUGUUCGUGGUCGGGAGCACGUCCAGGCUUAUCAACCAACAUCCGGGCAGCCCCAGCCCCAGCCCCGUCGGCAGGGCGCGAGGAAGCUCUCUAGACCUGGAGGCUGACACUGUAGCCAGGAGAAACCGUGAAGCUUCUCCUCGAAGACCAGAUCCGUGUUGCAGGCAAACUGGCAUUUUAAAUGUUAGACUAAGCAGGCCAGAGCGCGCCACCAGGACAGGGGAACGCUCACUCCAACAGGCGCUUUGUGUGCCGUCCUGGCUCCUGGGGCACAGGAGAGAGGUGAGCGGAGGAGGCAUUGGCUGGCGCCGUGCCGAGGUAGGAGGAAAGGCCCGUUUGUGAAUCAGCUCAGUCCCCUGGGCGUUCGGCCACACCUCAUCUUCCACCUGUCCUCAGCGCCUGUGGCCCUGCCCCAGGAUAGCUGGAACGUUCUGCGUCGUCUUGCCGGUUCUUGCCAGGCCACGGAGAGAGGAGGCUGCCCUCUGCACGGGGUUUGCCCCCUGCCUGUCUGAGAGCCACUUUGGGAUCUUCAGCAUUGUCCCCGGAUGCAUGAACAAGGGUCCCUCGCCUUGCCUUCCCUGCCUCUUUGCCACCAUACAGGGACCCCUGCCAACCUCUGGGCUGGCAGACAGCUCGCCACCAGGUGGCAGACAGCGCCGUGGAAGCCCUGCUCACGAGCCUUCCCGUCCCCCAGAUCAGCCCAGAGCACGCAACUGAGGUCUCAUUGAGCAGACCUUGCUGGCUGCCCCGCACCUCCGCACGCCCAUCUCAGGGCCCUUCCAGGAAGGUGGGUGGAUGCACGGCACCCCCAGGGACCGUUUCUCCCUGGGGGGAAUGAACGCCACAGCCCUCAGUCAAGAUCCUGCUGGUGGGUGACCUGGGCGCAGGCGCCCAAAGAGGGCCCCGCCUCCCCGCCCGCAGCGGGGACGCCUUUCACCCAGCCUGCUUGUUGGCUGGCAGCCCCUUCACCUCCGGCAGGAGAACCUGGUGACAUCUGGAUGCCCCUGGGCAGGUUCACCGAUGGCUCCUGGUCCCACUGCACCCUCCUUGAAAGCCCGCCUGUGCGAGGCCGCUCUGCUUGUCUGUGAGCAGACAGAGCCCGGAUCCAGUCGCCACUCUUCCAGUGCUGUUUCUUCCUUAUCCUCACGCAGGCUGCCUCACCCAGCCGCCCUUGACCUCUCUGGAGUGACACUGCCCAGCGCUGUCCUGGGUCACUGUUGUGCCGUCGCUGCCACAGCCCUGGCACGGGUCACUCACUCACACAGGAGUCUUUAUAACGCCCCGCCCCGUGCUUGCUGCAUGAUUGCUGCUCCCUCCGCUCCCCUGCACUGUCAUUGUUUUACAAUCGAGUGCCUUAAUACUAGUUUACAAAUACUGUGUAUUUGUGCGGAACCGUUGGACUCUCAUCUUUGUGAUCGGAUCCUUUGGUCGUGGCGGUGGUGGUUGGUUGUGUCCCCUGCUAUGCAGUUCCACGUUGUGUGUCCAUGACUUCUUCCACGAGGGGCCUCACGGGAGCAGCACCAGCAGGUCCUGCCAGCGGGUCCCCUGGUCACCACCGGCAAGGACCUGAGGUGGUUUGCUGGCUCUCAGCCCCAGCCCCAGCCCCAGCCCCAGCCCGCACUUGUCCUCUCAUUUAAUGCAGAUCUGUUACCUCCUGGGCCACCUGUUUCUCCUCUCUGUGAGUGUCUGAGCUCUUUGGCAACAACAUGUAGGUACCAGUCACCCCCACCCCCACUGUUCCCCAAAUCAGGGGCUGUGUGAGAUGGGCUGCUCCGUGCUGCCGGUGGGGUCCCGCGUGUUGCGUUAACGGUAUCAAUGAUUUUUUUUAUUCUAUUGUUUCUCUUCUUGUUUUUUAUAUUAUAUAUUUAAAAGGCAGUAUCUUUUGUACUGUGAAUUUGCAGUAGAAGAUGCAUUGUGCACUUUUUUUUUUUACUUCUGUUGGUGUGUAUUGUAUAUAGUCUGUGUGCUUCUUGUGAUAAAAAUAAACUUUUUUCUUUAUAAAUGCCUGA